AUGAAGCAUAUCAAGUGUGCAGGAACGCCCUACGAGAUUGGUCGUCAGCAUGGCGAGGCAGCCAAACCCGAGGUCCACGGGAGCAUGGCCUUCUAUGGCGCCUUCUUCAAGGAGAGGGCGAAGCUUUCGUGGCCACAAGUCCAGGAUGUCGCUCGCAAGUCCCUGCCCUGGCUGCAGAAUGCCUACCCAGAUUAUGUGGAGGAGAUGCAGGGCGUGGCCGAUGGCGCUGGACUCGAUCUUGAGUCGAUUGUCGCACUGAAUGUCCGCACCGAGAUUGCCUUUGGCAUGUUGAGCGAUGGCUGCACCGCCCUGGCCUGGAAGACGUCAGAUGCGAGUUUCCUGGCGCAGAAUUGGGAUUGGAAUUUUGACCAGACGCCCAACAUCAUCUGUCUGUCGAUCGAGCAGCCGGGCAAGCCCAAAAUUCACAUGAUGAGCGAGGGAGGAAUCAUUGGCAAAAUUGGCAUGAACUCGGCGGGCGUCGGGGUCACACUGAACGCCAUUCAAGCGCCUGGCGUCUCUUUCGACAAGCUGCCGUGCCAUCUGGCGCUGAGGACGGUACUCAAUAGCACGUCGAAAGAGGCCGCAGCCGCCGCUCUGCGUAAAGCAGGAUUGGCGUCGGCGUGUCACAUCACCAUCGCUGACGGGGCGACCGGGGGUGUGGGAUUUGAAUGCACCGCCGUGGACAUUGUGGAAAUGCCCAUGGACACGGAUGGCGCAUUGCGUGGAUCCUGCACUCACUCCAAUCACCUGGUCAAGAAACACAAGAUUGAGGGGGACAUGUUCAUCAACGACUCCCCCUUCAGGCUGGACCGGAUUCAACAGCUGAUGAGGGACAUGGGCAAACCGUCCAUGCAAAAUAUCAAGGAGAUGUUGAAGGAUGAGAGGAACUAUCCGGCCGCUAUCAACCGAGCUGUCGGCGAGAAAAGCACCAGCCAAACGCUGUUUUCCAUUGUCAUGGACUUGAAGCAAGGCUUUGCCGAAGUCAAAAUGGGCCGACCGACCGAGGAUGGAGAAGUGUUCCAACUGAGGCCGUAG